CGGUGGUGAUAUGGUGGUGAUGGUGUGUUGUGUUGUUUUUGCUUGAAUUUAGACGAAAAAGUGUAUUGAGAAGGUAAACGGUUUUUCUAAAAGAAAAUCUGUCAUCUUCAAAAUGUCGGAGAAGAUGGGAUUCGAGACGUUACGAGCAAAGUACAAAGAUGUGCUCUCAAAAGCUUUCAGCACCAAUAACAUUGACUUGCUUGACUCGUUCUCUAAGAACAUUAACGAGUCGGAUAGAAAAGCCGCUAUGGACCAAGCAUUUCGUGACAAACUUCUCGAGCUCCUAACUGAAGACGCGGAAACACUUGAGAGCUAUGUAAGCUUCUGUAUAGAAUCCUGCAGACGGCACAUGGUGACCCCAACGAUGCCCGUCGUACUUCUGGGUGACAUAUUCGACGCUCUAACCUUAAAUAAGUGUGAAAAAAUGUUUACCUAUGUUGAAAAUGGCGUAAACAUUUGGAAGGAAGAGCUAUUCUUUGUUGCUUGCAAGAAUAAUUUACUAAGAAUGUGCAACGAUUUGCUACGGCGAUUAUCUCGGUCGCAGAACACUGUGUUUUGCGGAAGGAUUCUUUUGUUUUUGGCUAAAUUCUUCCCAUUUUCUGAGCGUUCCGGUUUGAACAUAGUGUCAGAAUUUAAUCUGGAGAAUGUGACGGAAUUUGGCGGUGACAAUACAAGCACCCUAAAGGACUCUUUGGACGAAGAAAUGAUGGUGGAAGAGAAAACUAAGCUGAACAUAGACUACAACUUGUAUUGUAGGUUUUGGAGCCUGCAGGACUUUUUCAGGAAUCCAAAUACUUGUUAUAACAAGAUACAGUGGAAAACUUUUGUUGCUCAUUCCGGCAGUGUCCUAUCCGCCUUCUCCUCCUACAAGCUAGAAGCGAUAGAGCUCCAGAAGUCCAAGAUGAACCGUCUAAAACCCGUCACCGAUGAUGAAAUGCAAGGCACGAAGGAACAGCACUACUUCGCCAAGUUCCUGACUAAUCAGAAACUGCUGGAACUUCAAUUGUCGGACUCGAAUUUUAGGAGAUGUGUGCUCAUACAGUUUUUGAUACUGUUCCAGUAUUUGUCGUCAAGUGUUAAGUUUAAGAUGGAAACUCAAGAGCUAAAAAAAGAUCAGACAGACUGGGUAAAAGAGACUACAACCUUGAUAUACAAGUUGCUAGGAGAGACUCCGCCUGACGGGCAGCGGUUUGCGGAGUGUGUACAGCACAUACUCAAGAGAGAGGAGCAUUGGAAUGCUUGGAAGAAUGAUGGGUGCCCUGAGUUCCAGAAGCCAAAACCUCCAGCAUCAGGUGACGAUGAGAUUCGCAAGAGCAAAGUCCGUAGACGCCCCGUCGGAGACAUCAUCAAGGAAUAUGAGGGUCAACAGAAAUGCUAUUUGGGAAACAAUGAUCUGACCAAGCUGUGGAACCUGUGUCCAGACAAUCUUUCCGCCUGUCGCACUAAAGAACGGGACUUCAUGCCUUCACUACAGAGCUACAUGGCAACAGCUUUGGAACCAGGCGUCGGUGCGCGGAGAACAGCUGACGGUGCUUGGGGCUGGCGCGCUCUACGGCUACUAGCGAGACGGUCACCACACUUCUUCAUACACACUAAUACGCCUAUAGGCCGGUUACCCGACUACUUGGCUGACAUGGUGAAACGCGUAACCCGCGAUGCUACGUUGGCGGAGUCGAGUAGUAACGGCGAUGCUGGCGUCACCAUCAAGCAAGAGCUCAAACAGGAGCCCACCGAGGAGGAGGUGAAUGAAGAACAGAUGGAGGAGGUGAUGAUAAAGGAGGAGGACAACAAUGAUAUGGAGCAGGUCCCCGACUCAACAAACGACGAAUACGACGACAAAGCCGCCCGCUCCCGCGUCACUAUGCUAACACCGGCACAAAUGGACGCGCUCUGCCCCGCGCUCGGUGACUGGAAGAAACUCGCCGCCAAACUAGGGUACAAGCCCGACGAAAUACAGUUUUUCGAGUCUGAAAACGCUACGGACUUACUCAGAGCGAAGAACAUGCUUCAACUGUGGUGUGAUGACGAUGAGGAUGCUUCGGUGGAAAACUUACUUUAUAUCAUGGAGGGGCUGGGGAUGGUAGAAGCGUGUGAAGCUCUUAAGAACGCUAAGUGAUAAGUGAUUGAGUAAAAAUUGUAAUAAACUUUUGUAAGGAG